AUGGUUGUUGGGUGGAGCGACGACGGUGUUGAUGAGGCCGGCCACAACACCGAACAGUAUACACACAGAGAAGGAAGGCUGAACCAUAGCCCCAAACCAAGCCAACCGGGGUCGUUUGUCGGCGGACACUUUGGUAAGGUGCUAUUGGUGCUGCUGUUGCCAGUAGCUGGUGGUGGUAGCGGUGGUGAUGAUGAUGAUGAUGGUGGUAGUGAUGGUGGUGGCAGUGAUGAUGAUGGUGUUGCUACUGCUGUUGCUCGACCGGCAAAAGUUAACAUCAGUGUGCUGUGCUGA